UCUAAUAUUUAAUCGUAUAUGUAUAACCUCUAUAUCUGUUUUAUCUUCUGUGUAUUAAUUUGAAGACAAAAUAUAAUCAGAAAAGAAAUAGAUUCAUUUGUUUCAGAAGUAGCUGUCAGUUAUUCCUAGUUAGCUAACAUCUUUUUGUCUUUAAUGAAGACUGAAUCAUGGUAGGGAGAAAAUUCACUAUAUCAAGAACAGUGAGUUUGCCACGAAAGAAUAUUUGAAUCUUUGUGUUCUUUUCAAAGAAAAAAAGCAGUAACAUGUUCCAAGCAGAGUCAAUUAGUACAUUAAAUGAUCACGAAGAUGAUAUUGAUAAUCUGGAUGGUUCUAUUAUAUGGUCCCAAGAAGAGCCACUUUCUCCUAAUGAGAUAUUGGAAUUACCAGCACAAGAUGAAAGAGAGAACAACUUAUUUGCUUUUUGUCGAUUGUGUGCUGGUCAAACCACUAACCCAAUAUAUAUCUAUUCUGAACUUGGAGAAUCAAUGAAAUUGGCGCAUAAAAUUAAUACAUGCCUAAGCAUUAAAAUUAAGAAGACAGAUCCACUACCGAAACAGUUAUGUUUGACCUGCGUUGAGAAAGUGAACUGGUGCGACAAAUUUGACACGCAAUGCAUUAAAGCAGAGGAAAUCCUGUCAACGAUGUUAAAUGAGAAGCAAUCUUUUAACAAAUCCGAUCGUUUAUUUUCUAACCGACAAUCCUGUCCUUUAUGCAUAAAGGGCUUCAUGAGUAUGUGUAGAGAGACAGUGAAAAAUACGAAGGAUAUGAAAUUGUAUGAGGAUGAUGAUAUCAUUUUAGAAAGCAGUGACGAGGAGAACAUGUUUAAUAACGCGGAGGUCAAUGAGGAAAAUGGUAAUUGUUCUAUCACAUUGCAAUGCCUAGGAAAUAGACAAACGUAUUUGAAAUGCGGAGCGUGCAUGAAUCUUUAUCACACCGAGGAGACGCUAGACAGUCAUAAAUGUAAGCCCAGCGUGCAGAACACCACGAAACCAUACAAGUGUCUCAUGUGUGACAAGACAUUUACGUUUGAAGAACGACUGAAUUUCCACAUGCAAUUUCAUAAAGGCGUGAAAGCACUAUACUGCGAAGCUUGCAAGAUAACGUUCAGUAAAGAGCUAAAACUAUUCUACCAUUAUAAGAGACAACAUUGUAAGGAGAUUAGUAUCUCGUGCCUGCAGUGCGGAAAGUUAUUCGAGGAUCAGGAGGCGCUUCGAGUGCACGUUUGCGUCGACGGUAAGAAUCGGCCUCAUAUCUGCGAGGUUUGCAGUAAAGGCUUUUUCGACGGCUACACCUUGAAGCGUCACAUAGUGACGCACCUGCCCGAGAAGCCGUACAAGUGCUCGGAGUGCUCCAAGAGCUUUACGCAGAAAUCGAGAUUGAACAAACAUGUCGCGAGCCAUUGCAUAGUCAUCGAGAACAGCCAGACGGUCUGGAGAUGCAUUCAGUGUGGUGAGGUGUUCACCUCCUGCGACGACGCGGAUAUUCAUUACAAGAUAAUACACGAGGACAAGGUCACGCUGAUUGAGGAGCUGUCGACGUCGAAGCUGUAUCAUUGCGAGUUUUGCAACAGCCACUUCACCAACGCGGACAACCUGAAGACUCAUCAGAAACGUCAUGUUGUCGAAAGACCCUACACGUGUAACACAUGCAUGGUCACUUACAAGUCGUACGCAGAAGCUGUUUUACAUUGGAAGGAACAUCCCAGGCUGUUUAAAGUUCUCGUCGUCUUUCUAUGCGAUAUCUGUAACAAAGACAUGAAGGAAUUAUCCCUGCUGCACAAGCACAAGCAGAACAGGCACGACCGCGUAUCCAGAUUGUCCGAGUCGGGCGAGGCCAAGUUUAUUUGCGAGCUCUGUGGGAGCGUGUUCGACAAAAGCGAGGACAUACGGGAUCACGGGCGGGAUCAGUGCUCAAAGUACCCCUGCGACAUUUGUGGCAGUCUGCUGCCUACGGCAAACUCGUUGAACGCACACAAGAGGCGGCACAACGGGCUGAGGCCGUACGUCUGUAACAUUUGCGGCAAGAGUUACACGCAGUCCAGUCACAUGUGGACUCACAGGAGAUUCCACAUGGGCAUCAAGCCCUACGCCUGCGAAUAUUGCGACCAGCGUUUCACGAUAAAGCCGGACCUGGCGGACCACGUUAGGAAGAAGCACACGAGGGAGAGACCGUUCAAGUGCGACGUGUGCAACAAGGCUUUCCUCACCGGCUCCGUGUUUUACCAGCACCGAUUGAUACACCGCGGCGAUCGCAGGUACAAGUGCCAUUACUGCGAGAAGGCCUUCACCAGAACCGAGGCCCUGAACAAUCACAUCAAGAUACACACUGGCGAAAAGCCGCACUCGUGCGACGUAUGCGGCAGAUCCUUCAGACAAAAGGGAGACAUGAGGAAACACAGGCGCACCAAGCACGCUUUCGAACAGGAGAAAUCGUAAUAAGAGUUGCUGCGUACCAGACGUGGAAUUUAUUAUUCAUUUAAUUUAAUAUAUAAUUAUAAUUAUUCUUUCGUUUUUACAGCUGCGCUUUAAUCAUUAUACUGAUAGGUAACCGAUAUAUGUAUACGUGGCGGUAUAUUUACGUUGAAUUACUAUAAUUGAUUAUUAACUUGGUUAUUAACUCUCUCAAUAAAUAACAAAAUG